GUUCCUCUUAUUGCAACAGCUUUAGCACCUCACAUCCAAGUCAUUAUUCAGAGUUGUUUACACUCAAUGUCUGAAACCAUCAAAACCCAGCAAGAAACAAUUAAAAAACAAGCCGAUGAAAUUAAAAGUGUUCAAGAAAUAAACUCUGACCUUGAAAAAAGAGUAAACGACUUAGAAUGUGGCCUUGAUGACCUUGAACAAUACGGCCGAAGAACAUGCCUACGCUUCCAUAAUGUCAACAUUACAAAUGAACAGGCCCAGAACACUGAUGAUGUUGUAAUUGAUAUUUGUAAAACAAUGGGUGUCAACAUUGUACCUGACGACAUCAACAGGUCUCAUCCCAUCGGCCGCCCUAACUCCAACAAUCUUAGGCAAGUAAUCUGCAGGUUUCGCAGCUGGAAAAUCAAAAACAAAAUCUACAGCGCGAAGAAAAACCUAAAGGAUAAUCCGCAAAAUCCCAGCAAAAUAUUUGUCACUGAAGAUUUAACAAAGUACAGACAACUUGUGGUUAAAAAAAUUAUAGAAGCAAAAAAGGCAAACAAACUGCACAGUUUCUGGACAUAUGACGGUAGAAUCUAUAUUAAAACCGAAAAAGAAGGCGACAGAAUCCAAAUAACAUCGCUGGAUGAUUUGUAUGAACUAAUCGAAUAAAUGCAUCAAACAUGUGCCUUUAAAUAGUAGAUCUGUGUCACACGGUGAAAGUGAGUUCUACAUUUAAAACGUUAUAGACAUGUUUUAAACAUGAUAAUAUAUAUUUUCCACACUCUCCAAUACCUGUUUAUUGUUUUGUUCUCAGAACAAUGCUGUUAUACAAGCUUUGUUUAUUUACA